UUUUGUGGAAGAGUGUGUACUUCACUCGGAAGUGUCACAAUUCUCCUUGUUAAAAGCCACUAAAAAUGCUUGAAGUGAUACAAGGAAGAAAACCAUUCUGUAGGUAAUCAUGUCUGAGUUAUUCCGAUCAGCACUUGGCCUUCUGGGAGGUGGUCAGAGCGACAGAGGAAGCGAAUUUGUCGGAUCACAGGUAGAACUGGGUGAUACGAAAUUACGCGUGAAAAGAGUUAUAGCAGAAGGUGGUUUUGCCUUUGUGUUCAUUGCUGCUGAUAGUUCAGGAAGGGAAUAUGCAUUGAAGAGAUUGUUAGCAAAUGAUGACGAAAAAUCCAAAGCGAUCCUGCAGGAGAUAUCUAUUCUGAAAAAACUAUCUGGUCAUCCAAACAUCGUUCAGUUCCUGUCUGCUGCCUCCAGCAGCAAAGAUGAAUCCAAUAACGACCAAUCAGAAUUCUUGGUUCUGAUGGAACUGUGCCAGGGGGGUGGUCUCGUGGAGGCCAUACAGGCGAAGGGAGCGCCGCUGAGCUGUGACGAGGUUCUUCAGGUGUUUUUUCAGACAUGCCGGGCUGUUGGUCACAUGCACAAGCAAAAACCACCAAUCACACACAGAGAUCUCAAGUUGGAGAAUCUUCUGAUUGGUUCAAAGGGAACAAUUAAACUGUGCGACUUCGGAAGUGCAACUUCCAAGUCUUACCACCCUGAUGAAACGUGGACAUCGCUAAAGAGAAGUUUGUUGGAAGAUGAGUUGGCCCGUCACACCACUCCGAUGUAUCGCACUCCAGAGAUGCUGGAUCUCUACAGCAACUACCCAAUUGAUGAAAACAUGGACAUAUGGGCCCUGGGCUGCAUCUUAUACAUGCUCUGUUAUGGCCAACACCCAUUUGAGGAUUCUGCCAAACUAAGAAUCAUCAAUGCCAACUACACAAUACCAGAAUCAGACAAGGAGCAUGUGGUGCUGCAUGAAUUGAUACGUGCAAUGCUGCAGGUGGAUCCAAGGAACAGACCACCUGUCUCUGUCAUCCUGGCGCAGAUUCAUGAGAUAGCUGCAGCUAGAGGGACUGUCCUGAAGGGACCCCUGACUCUACUGACAAGCAAGAAUACCAACACUGCAGCAUCGCCAGCCAGCCCUGCCCGAAGACCUGCAGAAAACUCAAGCAACUCUGCAGAUUCCUCAGACGCUGCCAAUGGGACUAGCUUCUUAGGAAUGAUGAAAGGUGGAGCAGGUAGCUUGCUCAAGAACAUCAAAGACACAUCUAGUAAAAUGGCCCACACUGUAGCAAGCUAUGCAAAAGCCGAGUUGGAUCUGAACUACAUCACAUCACGCAUCAUUGUAAUGUCAUUCCCUGCUGAGGGUCUGGAGUCGGCCUACAAAAAUCACAUUGAUGAUGUCAAGAACUUUCUGGACUCCAGACACAGCAAUCACUACUAUGUCUUCAAUCUUACGUCAAGAUUUUAUAGGAAGGAGAAAUUCAACAACAGAGUGUUAGAGUGCGGCUGGUCAGCUAAGAGAGCCCCUAGUUUGAUUCUACUCUACACUGUCUGUAGGAAUAUGUACCUCUGGCUUCAGAAAGAUCCUAAGAAUGUCUGUGCUGUCCACUGCCUUGAUGGUAAGGCAUCAUCUGCAACCAUCAUAUCAUCUUUCUUUGCCUUCUGCCGUUUCUUCACAACAACGGAAGCCAGUCUGUAUAUGUUCACCAGUAAACGGGGGCCACCGGGGGUCAUCUCUUCACAAAAGAGGUACAUGGAGUACAUCUGUGACAUGAUGGAUCCUGAGCAUCCCAUCAUGCCUCAUGAUAACCUGCUUAAGAUCAAGACGUUGACAUUGAUGCCAGUUCCACUCUACAACAAACAGAGGAACGGAUGUCGGCCAUUUGUGGAGCUGUACUUAGGAGAAGAGAGGAUUCUUAGUACAUCACAGGAAUAUGAAAAGAUGAAGGGCUAUUUCGUUGAUGAUGGCUGGGCAGAGAUACCCAUUGAUAGAGUGGUCUAUGGAGAUGUCAUGUGUAUGGUGUAUCAUGCUAGGUCAACAUUUGGUGGCAAAGUCCAGGGAAAGGUGACGGCCAUGAAGAUGUUUCAGUUACAGUUCCAUGCUGGAUUUGUGCCCCAUGGGUCACAGACCGUUCAAUUCUCUAAGUAUGAUGUUGACCUGAUGGAGCAACCGGACAAGUUCCCUGACCUCUUCAAUGUGACCCUUAGGAUAGAGUUCUUGGAUCAGACAGCCAAGCCAGACAAGGAACCACCCUGGGCCACCUUUGAGACGCAACGGAUCACGCCCAAGUACUGCUUCAGUAACAAGGAAGAACAGAACAGUGUGGUGGCACAGUUUGGACACAUGGAUGCUAAUGCCAAGGAGAGAAAAACCAAGGAGAAAACAAUGACAAAGUCAUCUGAUGAACAGCAGUGGCAGCAGCAGUCAUCCAGGCAGCCUCAGCCUCAUCCCGCCGCUGCCACCGACAAGAAGGCAGAAUUUCUGUCAAGUGUGAACUGGCAGGAAGAAGAGGCCAAGGAGUCCCUCAUCGAGUCAGAGGAAGAAUUUGGACAGUUUGGGACGGAGCAUGUCCAAGCACCUCACCAAGACCCAGCACGGGAGAAUGGGGAGCGACUUGAUCACGACAACUUCUUCGCUGCUUUCGAUCAGGACGCUGCCGAAACAAGCUCAGGGUCUCACCCAGCUGAGGAGCCUCUUUUUGAUGCUAGGUUUUCCCCUGUGCAGUCAUUAAACCCAUCGCAAGCCACUGAUAAUGUGGACCUGUUGAACAUCAGUGUUAGAGGCCCGGCCGAGACGUCUGGAGCUACAGACACAGUGACAAAGCGAGGAAUUGACGGUGUAGACCUGAUGGAUCCAGGCCCAUCUGAUCCAAGUAAUCUUGAUCUGCUAGUGGACCCCUUAGCAGCAGAGUCUCUUAAGUUUAGUGGAGGAAGUACCAAACAGUAUAUGCCAGGAGAUGCAUUUGAUCCAUUUCAGCAACCUACGCAGUCAACCACUGUAAAGACAACUCACCCUCCUACUCGCUCACAGUCUGCAAGAGCAGCCCCCACUUCCAAACCAGGGGAUUCCUUUGAUCCGUUCAACCCAUCACCCUCCAGAAGGAGGUCUGAGAAAGCUUCCCCACAGAAACAAGUUUUCUUUGAUAUCGGGGAUGCUGGUAAUGAUCUUUUGUUUGAUCCACUCAGUGGGAAAGGAGCCCCACCAGGUGGGAAUUUGUCACCACAAGUUGCCAAUCUCCAGAACAUGUCCAAGAUAUCACAUAGCAGUGAUAACCUACUUGGCGACUUUGGCAACUUAUCAGGAGCAACACUGUCAUCUCCACAAAGGACUAGACCAACUCUUAAGCAGAGUCAUAGUGGACCCAAUUUGGCUGCAGCAUGGAAUGGUACAUCCCCACCCACAAGCCAGACAACACCCAUGGGCAGACCCCAGGGGAUGGGAAUGGGACAGACAGCAGGUGGCACCCCCACACACCAAGCCAAGGCAACAGCUAGCAGUGCUAAUGACCCAUUUGCUGAUUUUGGCAAUCUUGGUACAAACCUACCUUCAGGGGGAGCAGGGUCGCAGUCAUCAUCCUUUGGUAAAUGGCAGCCCAAAGCCACAGCCAGCCACGGUGCUGCUGCAUCCCCUAAACGGCAACCGCCCUCAGCACCCCAGGCUGCCAAGAUUCCAACCCCCCAACCCCAGCAGCAACAGCAGCCUCAGGCCAAGCCUAACUAUUACGCCAGUGGCUUCACUAGCGUGAUCGGAGGGCGUGAGGAGAGAGGAAAGCGAACACCUUUUCCUACAGCUGGCAGUGGGCCAACAAAGAAAAGUGAAUUUGAAGAUUUGCUGUCAUCGCAAGGUUUUACGGCUUCAUCAAAGAAAGAUGAGCAUAAAACAAUUAAUGACAUGAAGAAGGAAGAUCUGGUGAAGGAAAUGGACCCUGAAAAACUCAAGAUUAUGGAGUGGACACAAGGGAAGGAGCGUAACAUCCGGACCCUGAUAUCCAGUCUGCAUACAGUACUAUGGGACGGGGAGAGUCGAUGGAAACUAGUAGGAAUGCAUCAACUAGUCACACCUAAUGAGGUGAAGAAGUUUUACCGCAAGGCCUGCCUGUGUGUUCAUCCUGACAAACACACGGGCACACCCAAUGAGUCCCUGGCCAAAAUGAUCUUCAUGGAGCUGAACGAUGCCUACGCAGAGUUUGAGGAAAGCGGCAUGAAAUCAUUAUACUAGCCAGUGAAACUGCAUUCCCCUUUUUCCUUGCCUUAGCCCCACCUCGCAAGGAAUCAUGUACCUACAAGGGGCAUAUCUAUUGCUUUUGGAGUUAUCCCAACAGGAACAAGUCUGGAUUGUCAUAAUCAUGUUCCCAACUGGUUGUUCUGGAGAAGUUGUGCACGUCAUCAGCUAUCCUGCUUUAUGCAUUGAAUAGCUUUCGUAGUUGCCCUGUCUACAUCAAGGAGGCUAUCUACCAAAGUGAAUUUAAAGCUCUUGGAGUCCAUCACGUGACUGCAGUGGUAUAACCAUCCACAAAGAAAUGCUUUUGUCAUGGUUCAUUUGGAUAGCUUGUAAUUUAAGACUAGAUGACUUGUGCUAGAGUUGGUUGGACGUGUGAGGACUGUGAUGUACUUGGCGAUAACUCUUACCUAUUGGCUACUGAAUAUUUCAUGUGUCGACAGUUUGUAAUAUCGAUUUUUCUCAUUCUUAAAAAAUGAAUUGCUCAGAUUUUUGGUUAAUGACAUUUUGUCUUUUAUUCUGAUUUUCCAAAAAAAAAAACUUAAAUAAGUUUUUAUAGCCAACGGUUUUUCCUUAUUUAUAAAAAUACUAAUAUUCACUGCCAACUGUAGCACACAUGAUGCUUGAAGCUAACCAACUGUUCUCCCUGCACAAUGUAAAGAUGGAACUCUGGCUCUGUAUUUUGAAUGCACCAAAUUCUGUAUCUUUUUUUGCGGGUCCGUGAGGAAACUAGUGUAGUAAUGAUUCCCAUUAUUGAAUCACAAUAGUGUAUCAAUUCAACAGGCAGCCUGGUAAAAUCCAAGGUGAUUGUAAAUGGAGGGUGGGACAUUUACAUGUUUAAACAGUAUGAGAAAGUUUUAAUGUUUUUCAAAAUUAAACGUAAAUUCCCUCCUUUAUUGUGAGUCCAUUGAACUGGGGAAUGUAUACAUUUUUCCUUGGUUUAUAUAGCAGGGAUCAGUCUUACCAAACUUACUGUAGCUAAAAAAUCACAGGCCCAAUAGGAUAGGGUCUCUUGUGUUACUUUAACUAAACUCACAAAUGUGACGAGUCAGCGUUGUGUAAACAAUAAAUGUUUUAUGCAUUUACUCAAACAAUAAAUGGUUCUCAAAUUUUCAGCGAAGAGUUGCCAGAUGGUCUUUUGAAAAAUGUCAGAAUUUAAAAAGGCAAAUUAUCCUGACUUUAGAAGAAAGUGUGUGUACUGGAUAUCAACUUAGGCCCAUUUUAUUGAUUGUUGACUGACAAGUAGCUCUGAAGAGAUUUGUAUGUAAUGCUGAUACCAUGAUCCACGAAAAUAAUGAACUGCACUCAACCCUUUAGAAAUUAGUUGAAAAUACCUACAGCACUGUGACUUGACAUUAAGAUGCCACCCAUCACGGUUAAAGUGGAUCGUAAUGCUUCGUGAAAUUGACCCCUGAUGCUACAUACUAUAUCUUUGUGUGAAAAAUUGGCCUCGUCGUGUGAUUGUGGAGUUAAAGGGAUUACUGCACACUUUUUAAAGAUAAAGUUGGCGUAAUUUAUGGAGAUGUAUCUAUCCACGUCCAUCAUGUCUUCUCCCAAUGUAAAGUGUGCUGUGGAUGUUAGUUCUUAAAUAUGGAGCUUAAUACCAAGAUCUCGUCUUCUUUUUUUAAAAGAGAAACCGAUUUCUUGGUGAUAUUCAACUUAGUUUAUGGCAAUAUGAUUCUCUUUGUCUGUGCAACUGACCUUUAAUGAAACCUAGUUAAGGAUAUUCCUCCCUUUAAUGACACAUUGUAAUCAAAAAAAUCCAAAGUUGCGAUUGUGGAAACUAGUGUUUACCCCAAAUUCACCUAAUAUAAAAAGUGAAUGCAUGUGCGCCUGGUUGUCAGUCUACAUGAGAACCUGAGGUCGCAGAGUUCAAAUUCUACAUAUCCAACCUUCAUCUAGAGUUGCUACUGAGUCAGUAAAAAGUCUGUCACGUCAGUCCAGAAGUCAAUUUGUAAGUCCAUUUACAAAUCCGGUCUAAACUGAAGGAUGAAUAAUGAUAAAGGAGUGCCCUUGUCACAGUUCAUUCAAACAGCUUGUGAGUAGGAAUGACUUUUGAUUGACUCGAGUACAACUCGGCCUAAAUAUUAAAUUCAGUAUAACGUGAAAAUGGUAGCUAGUGGAAAUUGGUGUGUCACUUCACUAUACAUGUACACAUAUCAGGCUGUAAAAUGCUUGUCACAUCUAUGUGUGCUUAAUUUAUUUCUUAAACUUUGCAAGUCAUUUACACGUUGCAUUUACUUUGUGGCAUUUAUUUACAUAUGAAGCUUGCAAUCUGUGAUAGUGAACAUGAAAAUAACAUACACUUUUUAAAAUUGUGUAAUAGUAGUUUCAAUGUUUGUCAUUACAAAGAUUUGUAAAGUAUUUAUUGUACAUAGGAUAGAUAUUACGAAGAAUGGGCACAGAUCUUCCACCUUAUUCAAACAUAUAUAUGCAGGCCACAUAACUUCUGUUGUUUUUGUUUUUUUUACAACUUGUUUACCAGCAUGUAUAUAUCAAUCUACAAGCUGUAGUAACUGAUCUACAAAUCAUACUGUGAUGUAAAAAUGGCAUAUUGUUAAUGCCUGUAUAAACGUGUUGUUUUCUCCUAAAUUGUACAUUCCAAUGUUACAACACCUGAUCAAUUCUGAACAGCACUGCUUGUUGCUACAAGGUAAAGAUACACAGUCCACCAAGUGCAAAUGAAUGCUGAAGAUUCUGAUCUUUAACCCUCAGAGGAAUUCACAAGUCACUGAUCUGCUUGUAGUUUGUAUUUAGUUAACACAUUUUGAUGUGGGAAGUGUAACAUUUCGACAUGAUUCCUACAAGUUGUAAUGUGACUCUGGCCUUCCAUGUUUUGUAUGGGAUAAUUUCAUUAAGCACAUUGCUUGCAGACUGAAAUUUUUGGUUAAUGCCUAAGAAAUAGUUCUACUGGAUAGAAUGGUUAGCCUUUAUCGGCCUAACAUGGAGUCUGCCAUACCUGUCAAGAUAUUCACAGCAUGAACAUUGAAAGAGAAAAUGGAUAUUUUGAUUAGUUUCAAAUGUCUAUUUCAAACAAGGGCUUUCAAGCUGGCAUUGUAGAUAUGAGGUACUUUAGAGUUCCUAAGAAUGAAUACAAUAAAUGAACUGUACAUUUGCAGCAUCUACGUUGGGGAACAAAGACGAGCAUUUACAUUAUUUGAUGUUUGAAUAUCAUUUCACCUAUAUAUAACUGUCAAACGAAACAAGUUUUGAGCUAUGAUUUGACCACUGUACCUUUUGGUAUUGGGGACUAGUUGCACAGGCCUAGCUAUGAUCAAUCCUGAAAUACUCAGUGAUUUAUCAACUUGUCAAGAUGAUGUUUAAUUGUUUGGGAAAAGCAAUGGAAUGCUUACUGUCCUAAUUGUUACAUAAAAAUCCUAAGAUGUACAUGUUAACAAAUAAUAACAUUUUGUAUGGCUGUUUUAAGCUCCCUUGUAUCUUAAGUAAGGAAGGAAUCAUUUGUUUAAUAUAAAAUGAAUAGUGUGGUCAAAAUAACAAAGGGACAUAUAA